AGGGCCGGCCCGGCAGCUCCUGCCCCGGCGGCGGGUGCGUCAGUUCGCGGGCGGCCGGGCCCGCCGCUCGGCAGCCGCCAUGCUGGACCGGGAGCGCGGCUGGAGCGUCUCCUUCGCCGGCUGCGGCUUCCUGGGCGUUUAUCACAUCGGCGCCGCCACCUGCCUGCAGGAGCACGCCCCGCACAUCAUCCGCGACGCCCGCCACAUCUACGGCGCCUCCGCCGGGGCUCUGGCCGGCGCGGUGCUCGUCGGGGGCGGCUCUCUGGGUCAGCGGUGGCGGGGGGCGGCGGUCCGAGGGGCUCAAGCUUGUGCAGAUGUUCUGGCAUUAGCCAAAGAAGCUAGAAGGAGAAAUCUUGGUCCUCUUCAUCCUUCUUUUAAUGUGAUAAAGAUAAUAAGAGAUGGACUUAUGAGAAAUCUUCCUGAAAACACUCACCAGUUGUCAUCGGGCAGGCUAUGUAUUUCACUAACCAGAGUGUCUGAUGGUAAAAAUGCUUUGAUAUCUAAUUUUAACUCUAAAGAAGAAGUUGUCCAGGCUUUAAUCUGUAGUUCAUUUGUCCCUAUUUAUUGUGGCCUAAUUCCACCAUCAUUUAGAGGUGUGCGCUACGUGGACGGAGGAAUCAGUGACAACUUACCUCACUAUGAAUCCAAGAAUACCAUCACGGUUUCACCUUUCGCUGGGGAGUGUGAUAUCUGUCCAAAGGGGAAUUCUGCCAACUUCCAUGAAAUGAAUGUGACCAACACCAGCAUUCAGCUUAGUUUGGGGAACCUUUACCGUUUAACGCAAGCGCUCUUUCCUCCAGAGCCUAAGGUACUAGGAGAGAUCUGUGAGCAAGGAUAUUCAGAUGCUCUUAAAUUCUUGAAAGAGAAUGGUAUUCUGAAUGACUCAAUUUACAUCCACUUGUCCUUCACAAAAAGAAAUCCUCAUGAGGCUGUGCAACACAUUGACAAUAUGAAGCAAAAAAAGUUGACAGAAAAUUGUCACGGAGUAGAAACUUUGAAAAUGGAAGUACUUAAUGAUCAGCUGAAGCAAAAUCCAUGGCCUUUGGAGAAGAGUAUAUUUCAGAGUCUACCUCCUAGGCUUCGUAAAGCACUACAGGAAGCUUGUAAAGAACAGAAUGGAUUCUAUGCUCAGUUCUCCAAACUCUUUCCAAUACGGGUGAUAUCCUACCUUAUGCUACCAUAUACACUACCAGUGGAGUCUGCUUACUCGGUUGCUUUACGGUUAGUGAACUGGUUUCCUGACAUGCCUGCUGAUGUUCGAUGGAUGCAAGAGCAGUUCUGUCGAAUUGCUGGUACAGUUUUUUCCCAUGCUAAGAGCAAGCUGUUCUGCAUAUCCAGGAAAGGCAGCUUUGCAUCACUAAGAAAAUGUCAAACAGUCCCAUCUGCUAUGGAAUUUCAUUCUUCAUACUGCCACCUUAAAAUGCCUCACUCUUCUGCUGACCUUGACACCUGGCUCUGGGAAUCAUCCUGCUUCAUGCACUCAGCUAUGCAAAAUGCUUCUGCUAACAGGCAGGAGCCUGCAGAUUUAAACUCCUAUCCUAGUUUUCUCCCAAAUUCUGAUGAGUCUGGGUUGGAAAUAGAUUAUGACUCUUCCUCAGAGGCAAGCUUUCAAACUGCUCCAGAGUAUUAAUUUGGAAGCAGGUUCCACAGUUUCCAAAAUUCUAAUUUGGCAGAGAAAUAUAAAUCCUAAAGGACGAGAGAUGACUUUGUUUAUUGCCAAUAAGUCUCAGAAAAUUAUUUGUUUACAGCUUCCUGACAAGUCUGCCUUGGGAAUUGUACUGUUUUAAGGAUUCUAAAAACAGUGGCUGCUAUACUAAGUAACAGACUGCAAUUCUGUUGAAGCACCAGCUCAAUCAGCUGUAGUAAACAGUGUCUCUCUGGAAAUAAUAAAAAAAAAAUUACUUUCAGCAUAAAAGUGUUAAUUCUCUGAACAGAUUGUUAGAAAAACAAGAAGGAAAACAAAAGCUUUAAAAAAAUAGAAUUCUUAACAAUAUUAUGUGUUAGGAUGACUUUUAUAGCACUUAAAUGAAAUUGGACAUUUACUUCUUAAAGGAAGACACAGAAAUGGGCUUUUCAGUGGCCUCCAGUGUCUGUUUGCCUUAUGUUUGAACAUACUGUUGUGUUUAUGGAAAAGUUGUCUGCAAGAGAUGCUGUAGGAACAGUAUUAUUAUAGGUUGUGUGUGUAUUCCAUGGUUCAUAUUAUGUCUCCUUUCUGGCUAUUUCCCUUUUUAAAUACUUUAAGGGAAAAAGACUUAAAUGGGACACACUCCCCUGAAGUGUAAACAGGUAGUUUUUGUGAUUUUUAGAGGACUUUUUUUGUCCUCUAAAUGAGGUCCUAAUACUUGACUAAGUAUUGAAAAGUAGGUAAAAUAGUGACUGUGAUUAGUAGCAAAUAGUAAUUUGAGAUGCUGUUAAGCUUGACAGAAGAUGCUGUACAUUGAUUUUUUUCUUAACAAGUGAUGGUUGAUGUUUAGGUUUUCUCUCUAAUCACUGCCCAAUCAUUCUCAAUUAUUUUUUUUUUACCCUUCAACUUGAGAUUUUUCUUCCUUUCUUCCCUCUUGCUAAAGAAGUGAUGAAAAAAAGGAGUCCCUCCUGUCUCAGUGAGGUAUGAUAACCCAAAGGAUGUUUUUCAAGUCUGAUUGUUAGAAGAAGCAAAUGUGUAAGACUUAGGGGAAGCAUCAAUAUCCAGGGAGAUAAAGAAUGGGCUGAAAGUUACACAAAGCACAUCUGUGAUGAGUGUUUUCAAGCACUUUGCACUGCAAAGGUUCUGCAUAAUUUGCAAGUUUAAGAAAGGCAGCUCAUUAGUAUAUGAACACUUCAGGAGAAGUAAAUACUUCUGAAGACUUCACUAGUCUCUUGGUGUUUUGUUAUCAAGUCCUGUAUCUUUUUUUUUAAAGUGGAAGGAAACUGUGAUGGCUUUUAAGUCAUGCUUGUGCACGUGUUUGGGGGCAGGCAUGUGACAUUUGAAGGCUACUCAUUUGUGCAACUUGGGUGCAGCCCUGGGCAGAGGUUAUAGAUGCUGAUUGAGAGUAUCUUUGGGUAAGGAGAAGCAGUGAUUAGAUUGUGAUGCUCAGAAGAGGCAACUUUGGCUUGUAAACUUUGGUAUCCUGCAAAAUGUAGCACUUGGGCGUUGGAGCAGCCUUGAAGCAGCUUCUCUGCUGUGAUUUCCCUAAGCUUGAAGUGCUGAAUUUUACAACAUGAAAAUUGAUUUUAGAAUGGUGGAAGACAGGGGAGAAAGUGUCGAGCUAUCCAUUUCCACACUACAGAAGACUGGUGCUAUUUUACUUCAACCCUUUUUCAUUUCUUCUCUGUAUGUAUCUUCAGAUUUGCAAGAAAAGUUGGAAAUGUUACUCUUAACUACAGUUAAAAGACACCAGAUCUGUUUUAUAUUGUUAAAACUUUCUAUAACUUAAUUUUAUAUUGUUCUGCAAAGUGAUAAGUCUUACCAGCAUGUUUUAAACAGGAAUGCCAAGUUUUGCUUCCUUUAUGUACUGGCAUAGUUCCAUGGACUUAAAAUGUAAAUCUACCUUAGCCACUUCUGUUGUGCACAGCUCCGCUUUUUCUCCUUUUUUUCUAAAAUAAAAAGACAAUUAUCUUCUGUUA